UUUGCCGUGUUUCAAGAUGGCGAUAACCGUAGGGUUAUUGUUUAUUGUUGGUGUUGUUGUCCGUUUAAUUCUACUACAGACUGAUUUACCACAAUGGGUAGCGAACAAGAACGAAGUAAUAACCCCACUUACCGCCUGGGAAAGAGUACAGGAAGGCCUGGCUCUAAAGAAGAACAUGAUAUCACCAUACGAUGGCGAUAUAUUUCAUGAGACACCAAUUCUGUUAAAAAUCAUGGAGAUUGUCAAUAAUUUUCCUACUGGAAGUAAAUAUUUCUUUGUGAUUCUAGAUCUAUGGAUGGGUUUGUUAUUAUUGUCAAUUACUAAUAAAUUUGCUGUUUACAAGUUAAAACAACAGGCUGAAGGGGUGAAGAAAUAUUCGGUUGAUGUUGAGAAGAUUAUUUUGAGGUCGAAAGAUUUGAGACAUUUAGGAAGUUAUGUUAUCGCAGUGCAUUUUUUAAAUCCUUACACUAUAUCAACAUGUUUAGCCAGAUCAACGGCCUCGGUGUCAAAUUUAGCUGUCAUUUAUAUCUUCUACUAUAUGUUACACAAUAAAUUGAUUCUAUGUACUUUUUUCAUUGCCGUGGCAACAUACCAAUCAUUUUAUCCAUUUAUAUUAGUUGCACCUGUGGCUUUAUAUUUCUAUAUUCAUCAGACUUCACCAAAGAGUGUUACAUCAUAUAACAGUUCUGGGGCUAUAUUUAGUUACACACGAACAUGUCUUCUAUCUAUUGGUUGGUUGAUGGUAUUAUUAGGUUUAUCGUGUGUUAUGGAAGGAUCAUGGAGUUUUCUCUAUUCUACAUAUGGAUUCAUAUUAACUGUUCCUGAUCUAUCACCAAAUGUUGGUGUAUUCUGGUAUUUUUUUACGGAGAUGUUCGAACAUUUCCGUGUUUUCUUCAUCUGUGUUUUUCAAAUAAACGCAGUCGUUUAUACAGUUCCUUUAGCUGUUAAACUCAGGAAGAAUCCAGUGUUUUUCCUCUAUAUGUUAAUAUUUUUAACGAGUAUAUUUAAAUCGUAUCCUAGUUACAGUGAUGUUGGUCUUUGUUUAACAUUACUACCAUUGUGGAAACAUACAUUUUCAUAUAUGCGUAAUAGUUUUGUUGUAGCAUGUAUGUAUAUAUGUUGUACAGUAUUCGCUCCUGUAUUGUGGCAUCUAUGGAUUUACGCUGGAAGUGCUAAUGCCAACUUCUACUUUGCUAUAACAUUAGUAUUUUCAACUGCUCAGAUAUUUUUAGUAACGGAUCUGCUGUUUGCGUUUCUAAGAAGAGAAUAUGAUCUAUAUAAUGGUACGACCCAUAAAUUAGAAAACGGUGAAACAACACAAAUUAUAUUAGAAUAAUGAUUCGAACAAUUUACAACACAAAACGGAAAAAAUUUUAAUCAAAAAAAUGGCGAAACAACACAGAUUAAUUUAGAUUAAUGAUUUAAACAAUUUAAAAAAACAAAGUAGAAAAAUGUUUUAUCAACUAUAAAAAUGAAUUGUGAUGAAAUCAGAUGUCAUUUUAUUCUGUUCUACAUGCAAAUACAAGCAAAUAUCAUUGAAUACAGCUAUUAACUACUUUUGUCCAGAAUGACGUCACUUUCAGAAUUACGUCAAACUGUAAUGACGUCAACACUAGCGACCACAAUUUUUAUAAAAAAAGAAAGAAAAAAGGGCGGAACCUAUGAUGAAUUUUAACGUUAUUGGUGAAUAUGUUUUUGAUAUCGGUAAUCUGGAUAGUACAGUGUAUUUUGAAAUUUACAUGUAGUUAUAGAAUAAAAACAGAACUCAAUGACCAUUAAAUACCGCUCAGGUUAUUCAAUGGUUCAAGAGAGUGUAUCCCUUCGCAAGUAUUCCACAAGCGCGCUAUCUAUAUAUUUAAAACUAUUAAUGGUUAAAUCUGUAAUGUCACCAGAAUAAGAACGGUAUUGAAGCUUGUAUUGUUUGCCUUUUAACAUUGUAACUUGGGUAUCAUUCAAUCUUGUUAUCUACCACUAACUUCUUUCACAUUCAUUUAAUAUCAAAUCUUUGUUUAAAAAUUCAUAAAAUCGUUUAAAAUCACCCAAAAUCAUCUAAUUUGUACUUGUGUCCAGUUUAAAACUGACUAAUUUUGAUAAUGAGCGUCCAAUUUACAAGGGUUUAAUUUCCUGACAACUGUUCAAAAAUUAUACAUCAAUAAUCAAUUGGGUUGUUUAUUUUUUAUCAGUGAUCGAGUAAUUAAACACUUGUAAAUUGAAAACUCAUUAUCAAAAUUGAAUGGUCAGCUUGAAACUGGACACAUGUACACAUUAGAUGAUUUUUGGUGAUUUUAAACGAUUUUUACAAAUUUUUAAAUAAAGAUUUGAUAUUAAACGAAUGUGAAAGAAAUUAGUGCUAGAUACACAAGAUUAAAUGAUACCCGGGUUAUGGUGUAAGGGGCAAAUAGCUCUAUUCUUCGGAACCUUAAAAUAGACGAAAAUGGUUCUAAAAUCUAAAAGCACAUGUUCAUAUAAUAUGAGUGUAUGUAUAUAAAGUAAUUCAUGUAUAUAAAGUAAUUCAUAUCCAAUUUUAAAAAUUUUUAUUCUAAUUUCUAAUCAAUUAUGUUGGGUGAAAUAUGCGCACAAUCUAAAUUGAAGAAAAGUCAUUUGCACCUGCUUAGUCCAUUCUACACGUUUUUUUUCUUUCAUUUUUAUUUUUUUUGUCGUCUGUGAAUCAGCCAUUUUUAUAACUCCCGCUUUGUCUUCUGGGAUAUGUUGGGUUUUUUUGGUCAUUACAAAUGGCGCUCAAAACAUUUAUGGCCAAAAAAUACAGAGUUUUGGAGUUAAUUAAAAAAAAUUUAAUUGUGUCUUAAAUAUUGGAUAUUACUAUCACAUAUUUUCACGUCAAGAUAACAACAUCAGUAUUAAUUGAAAUUGACCAAUAUUGAAUUCUAAUUCUUGUUUUUAAUUUUCAAUAUUAUGGAUGAUAUUUAAUUAGAGGUUUACCUCCUUUCACUAAAUGUUGAUUAGUUUAUGUCAUUUUAUUCAAAUCAAAGACAUUACAAGUACAAUGAUCCAUUGAACAACAUCAUUGAACAACAUCAUUGAACAACAUCAUUGCAGAGGGGAAUACUAGGGAGCCAGCGUCUUAUGGCAAGGAAAGAAGUGUCUAGUGGUUUGAAAGGAAUGAAAUACUAUGUUCAUCUUCAUUAGCCUGGUUGGUGCAGAAAAGUAAGACGUUAAACACCCAUUACAGUUUAUUUCAUGUGUGAGCUCCUACUUUUCUGCUCUGACUGGGCUAAUGAAGACGGGGUACGUACUAGAUAUAUAGCUCCCACUGUUAAAAAAAAUCAUGUCAUAGAAUUAUUUAGAUAAUAUUUUGAUGUAAAUUUCUUUAUACACACCUAGGAAUAAAAUUUUUGUAAUAAAAAUAUGUUUAUACAAGAA